CCAGUGCAGAUCAGACUCACUCUACACAGAGAGAUCUACAGCACUGAGAUCUACAGCCAUGACUCCUGCAAUCACUUCAGCACCUUCCAUCUCAAAGGAGCUCCUCCCUCUCAACAACAAGCUGAGAAAGCCAGUGGUGGAGAAGAUGCGCAGAGAUCGCAUCAACAGCAGCAUUGAGCAGCUCAAGACUCUCCUGACUCCAGAGUUCCUCAACCAGCAGCCCGACUCCAAGCUGGAGAAAGCAGAUAUCCUGGAGAUGACAGUCAGCUUCCUCAGACGACAGCAGCAGAAGCAGCAGCAGCAGCAGCAGCCUGCAUUCUCCUCCAGAUCAGCAGCUGUCAAUCAAGGCUUCUCCAGAUGUGUCCAUGAGCUUCUGCACUUCCUGUCCAAAGAUGAGGUGAAGACACAGUCUCAGAGAAAACUGAUGAACCACGUCCUGCAGAACCUGCAGCCGUCAGCAGAUCAGAAAUGGAGGGAAAGUGUUCUCCCUCAAGAGCAGCAGAACAUCAUCAGCAAAGAGAAGAGCGCCCUCUGGAGGCCCUGGUAGAUUCCUUCAGAAUCAGAUGAACUACAAAAGCAGAACAGAAGGGACUACAAAUGUCUAGAUUAGAUGUUUGUGGUGAAGUUUUGUAUUUAUUGCUUUGUAUCAAAGACUGUUUUAAAGCUUGUUUCUCUUGUGGAGAAAUUUGCGUUCUUAUUUAAUUUUUAAUUCUCUGGAAGUUUUGGUAGAAAUAAUUAUUAGGAGGCAAAAUACUGAAUGUCUUCUGAUCAAAACAUUUUAAAAGUCUAUGUUAGACUUUUGCUUUGCUGUUAUUUUUACAGUUUAUUUUCUCUGUGGAGAAUUAUGGGUUUUUAUUGAUGAAAAUUUGUUCAGCUUUAAUGAGAAUUUCAUGUGAAUCACAUGUGAACUACUGAUAACUGCCUACAGCAGAUCCUAAUUUACCUUCUAAGAAGAUCAAAUAUAUUACCAAUCAUAGAUUACUAUGAUAUCAGACUUUCUUUCAGUUUGAAACUUGACUUUAAUUGAUUUGGUCAGUUUUUAUGGCGUAUAAUU